AUGGUCACAGCGAUCACGGUCACUGCGACCACGUCGACGAGCACGACCACGGUCAAAGUCGCCGAGACCGCUUCGACCUGGGGCGGGUCACUCGGGCACCGCUCGCCGGACUGCCAAGUCGAGUGCGAGCAGACGGGCAUCGCCGCUCCGUGCAGCGAUUGGAUCAUGUGGGCAGGGCAGCACCACCGCUCGGGGCGCUUGGGCGCGAGCGCCUGCACCGAGGCGCACGCGCUGGUGCUGAAGCACUGCCCCAUGUGUGCGAGCUGCACGGCCGCAGACGCCUGCCAGCGGGCGCCGGCAUCGACCACGACCGCAGCCUCGGCGGACGGCACAGGAGACGGCGCCUGCGCUGGGUGGCGCGCAGGGCGCCAGGAGUGGUGCUGCACGCACAGGAGCAUCGGCUGUCAGGGCCGGAGGGAGGUGCUGAACAGCUGCGCCCACGGGCUGCAGAGGGAAGAGAGCUUCCUGACGCCUGCGCGCAGGAAGUUCUGCUGCAGGCACCUCCCAGACGGUCCAGGUUGCCCCCGCCGAGCACUGGACAUGGACAUGAGCGACAUGGUCCUUCCCGUGUCCCUGGAGGAGUGCAGGUCAAUGAACAGCACUUCCUCCGAGUGGCCGACGCUCCACCAGGACUGGUGCUGCCUCCACGAGAGUCUCAAGUGCGGGGCGGACCUCGACUUCCCCUUCGACUUGGACUCCGACCUCUCGGCGUGGCCAAGCAGCACCACGACCACAACCCGCACUGGUACGACAACCACAGUGCGUGCACGCUCGGUGGGUUCGAGCCGGCCCUCCGCCUCGCUGGCGAACGCCCCCGCCAGGACUGCGGCGGCACCCUUCGACUGCGACGUCGGGCUGGAGGACUGGGCGAACCGCUGGUCCCUCAGCAAGCUGCGCUGGUGCUGCUCCCUCGGCAGCGCCCCGGUGCACGCGAGGCUCAGCAGGGACAGCGCCUGCCUCGACACCAUUCGGGAGUACGGAGCGGUGCACCGACUCGCCCAAGGCGAGCGGCGCCCGCUCCUGCCCGCCCCGGGCCUCCUGUGCGCCGCGGCGGCCGCCGUGCUCGCCGCCCCGCUGGCCCUGCGGCCGCUCGCGGCGCGCCUGCGG